UAAAAUGAACUUCUUUUGGGAACCCAUUGCUUUCAACAUACCACCUUUGACUUGACCUCUUGAUCUAUAUGCCAUCAAUCAUCUACUAAAUAUCCGUUCUAAGAUGCCUUGACCUGCGACAAAGAAAACAUCCCGCCAUUACGUAAGUGUUUAGCUUGUGUGGAUUCACUCACCACCUCGACCUCUCACGACAUUCCUUUACGCGAAGAUUUGGUGUAUCCGGCUUUUCCGCCGUCUUCGCAGACAAACAUGCCACUACAGUCUGUUGCAAACCGAUCUAGUUUACUUCCUCUUCCGAAUAUACGAAGAUAUGCAGGAGAACCUCGUUAUCGGAGCACCCCUCCAUGGUCUGAUCAACUCAGCUACGGCCGCUUCAAAGACCACCACUGACUUUCAAUCCUUUUGUCAGGCACUUACAUGAAAUAGCGUUCUCUCUUGUUGAUCUGUUUUCCAACAAGCAGCACGAUGAAGCCUCCCAUGAUCAGCCCUCCUCUUCUCAACUCAUCUAAUCCGUGGUGUACCAGCCUCGAGCAGCUCCGCGAGCUCUACGACUGCCCGUACACAGGCGCCGUCACAACGAGAACCUCACUCCUCAAUGGCUUUCCAAACGAUCCCGCAGUUCACCAAUACACAUUCUAUAAUCCUAGCACCCACGCGGCAGCCGCCGACCCCUCCGCCUCCACUUCAGACAAGACCGGCAGCCUCAAUACCCUCGGAUACAGUCCUCUCCCGCUAGCCACAUACCUCGAUUUCAUAAAACAGAUUGCUGCAAGCACCAGCUCCUCCACCUCCCCUCCUAAAUCCAAACCCUUCAUAAUCUCCGUCACCGGCAGCUCCACCGAAGUCUGCGAGUGCUACCGCCUCAUCAGCGCCCACCAACGCCUUGUGCACACCCCGCUCGCCAUGGAGAUCAACCUCUCCUGCCCCAACAUCCCCGACAAGCCUCCGCCAGCCUACCACUCGCACCGCCUCGUCGAGUACCUCACAGCGCUGAAAACCGAAGUCGCGGCGCAGCAAUCGCAAGGCGCACAUACCCACGUCCCUAUUGGGAUCAAGACACCACCGUACACCUACGCAGACCAAUUCAAACACCUGAUAUCCGCGCUGUCCGACGCUGCCGGCGCUGCUCCGGUCAAUCAGCCUUGUCCGAUUAGCUUCAUAACGGCGACGAAUACGCUUGGCUCCUCGCUACUGCUUACCCCGACGCUGGAGGCUCCUUCUUCGCCUAUCUCUGUGACUCCGGGUUCUCCGACGGGGCUGCCGAGGCAGGUGUACCAUCAUACCCUGGCCUCGUCGACGGGGACUGGUAUUGGUGGGCUUGCUGGCGCGCCGUUGCAUCCACUGGCGCUGGGGAAUGUGUAUACGAUCAAGGGGCUGCUGUUUCAGCAUCCGGAGUUGGAGGGGAUACAGAUAAUAGGGAUGGGCGGAGUGGAGGACUCGGAGGGGUAUAAGAGGAUGAGGGCGGUUGGGGCGAGUGCGGUGGGAGUAGGGACGGCGCUGGGAAGGAAGGGUGUUGGGGUAUUUGCGGAAAUAUCAGGGAAGAAGGAAGGAUAGUCGAUUCGACAUGGAGUGUGUAAGAGGAAUCGCAAUCCAAUUCUGUCAUUCUCAAUCGUACCUAUAUUUCAUUUCAAGUCAUUACCACACUGUCGUAAUCUCCGCAAUGGCGAACAAGGGAGAUUCAAAUUUGCAGACUAACGCGCUACUUGCUCUCCUUUCACCC